AUGUCGAUAACGCGACGUCUCCUUCGACGGGAGAUCACUUAUGAUUCUGCUAAGGGGAAGGAAGUAAAUAUUCUUCAUCAGUUGGGAUACUAUGAUCAGCGAAACCAGUUCUUUGCCCACCUCGAUGACAAUCACCUUUGGAUUCGGAAAGUGGUUGCGUACCAUCUAGGCUUGAAGUCCAGUACAGCAUGCCGCGUGGCAGAAGUGGAAGACUGGCUACAUGGAAGUUUCAACGUCUGCAUUCCCGUCGUCGUCCCUUCCUGGAAUGACAAACGUGUUCUUAUACGGUUCCCGCUUCCAUACCGUGUAGGCGAAGCUUUCAGGCCGGGAAAUGGCGAUGAAAAGAUCAGAUGUGAGGCGGGAACCUACGCCUGGCUUCAAGAAAAUUGCCCGGACAUCCCAAUUCCACUGCUGUACGGCUUUGCUCUCUCCACUGGGGAAACUUUUACCCGACUUGAAAAUUUGCCGGCCCUUACCCGAUGGUUCCAAAUCCUUCGUCGCAAGCUGUUAUCAUGGCUCGGAUAUCCAGCCCCUUCAAAGUAUCUUCGCCGUCAGACCACCAGCAUUCCCCCAAAUACCAUUGGUGCUGGAUAUAUUCUGGUCGAAUAUAUUGAAGAAACACAAGGUGUUAUGCUUUCCAACACAUGGGAAGAUGGCCAGCAUGAUACCAGACUACGUACAAACUUCUUCCGUGGUCUCUCCCGAAUUCUUCUAGAUAUGAGCCGGAUUCCUUGCCCUAGGAUUGGUUCAUUUAUCAUUGACAAUGACGGAUUCUUGAAGCUCGCAAAUCGACCACUGUCGAUUGAACUACAGCAAUUGGAGAAUGAGAAUAUCCCAACCGACAUAGGCCGUGACUACACAUAUUCCACAGUUGACUCCUAUGUGGUGGAUCUCCUUGGCGUUCAUGACAACCGCUUUCGGUAUCAACCAAAUGCUGUGAAUGAUCUUGGUGACUGUAUCCAUCAACUGUCUACGCUUACUGCAAUGCGGACUGUUUUCCACUCAUUUUUCCAAAGAGACUUUCGCCGUGGUCCUUUUGUUUUGUCUCUGAGUGAUAUCCAUCAAAGCAAUAUAUUUGUGGAUGCCGACUGGAAUAUAACCUGCCUGGUGGAUUUGGAAUGGGCGUGUUCAAGGCCGAUUGAACUGGUCAACACUCCUCAUUGGCUAACGAAUAAAGGUAUAGACCAGUUGGUCUCACCAGAAUACGAUGUUAUUCGAACAGAAUUCAUGACAAUUCUGUCGGAUGAGGAAGAGAAAAAAUCUUCUGCAACGCCAAGCAACAAUUUAUUGCCACGCCUCUCCAAUGUCAUGAACCGAAAUUGGGAAUCAGGAACGUUUUGGUAUACGUUGGCACUCUCUAGCCCUUCUGGUGUGUUCACUAUUUUUCGGGAGCACAUUCGGCCCUUAUUUUGCACAGACAACAUAGAGGAGUUCAAUUUGAUCAUGCCAUAUUUUUGGGGAAAGAGUAUGGUAUACACUGCAGGCUGCAAACUCGCAGAUAAGGAACAGUAUGAUGAGCAGCUCCAACAGGCAUUCGAGAAUACAUCUUUGGUUGGAAAAGACAACGUUCUGUGA